UGCUACGGAAGUACAGGCACAGCCAAGUUGACGCCUGACUAUCCUGGACCUUCACACUGAAUACGGUCAACGAAUAACCCGCAAAUAUGGCCAUGGUCAGCACUUCGUCCUCCAGACCCUACCAUAUAAUCAUAUUCGGAGCUUCUGGGUUUACAGGACAGUUUGUGAUUGAAGAAGUUGCACGGACAUCCUCGGAGGGACCAGGGGGAACCUUGAAGUGGGCAAUCGCCGGGAGGAGUAAGCAAAAGCUGGAAAAAGUUCUUGAACAGGCCGCCGAUGCUCUCGGUAAGCCAGAGCUGAAGUCGGAGGUGGACAUUAUCGUGGCCGAUGUUGGGGCACCGGACUCCCUGGCAGCCAUGUGCAAACAGGGGGUGAUUGUGCUCAACUGUGUGGGGCCAUACAGGUUUUGGGGCGAGCCUGUGGUCAAGGCCAGUGUGGAGAAUGGAGCUCACUGCAUUGACAUCUGCGGGGAGCCUCAGUUUUUAGAAGGAAUGCAGCUGAACUACAAUGGUCAGGCGUCUGAGAAGGGGGUGUACAUCAUCGGCAGCUGUGGGUUUGACUCCAUACCUGCAGACAUGGGAGUGCUUUACACAAGGGACCAGUUCAUAGGUACACUCACAGCAGUGGAGAGCUUUCUGACUGUCGGCGCAGGACCAGAGGGAGGUUGCAUUCAUGAUGGCACAUGGCAGUCUGCCAUCUACGGCUUUGCCGACAGCCACAAGCUCCGCAGCCUGAGGAGGAAGUUUGGCUAUCAGCCGCUGCCCGUGGUUGGAGCCAAGAUCAAGAGAAGGAGUGCGCUGUUCUUCAGUAACGAGGUGCAGCAGUAUGCGGUGCCCUUCAUGGGGGCAGAUGUGUCGGUGGUGAAGAGGACCCAGCGCUUCCUGACGGAGGAGCACAAGGAGAGCCCUGUCCAGUACGGUGCGUAUGCAGGCAUAGGAGGCAUCUCCUCCAUCGUCAAGCUUCUCUUCGCCGGCCUCAUGUUCUGGUUCUUUGUCAAGUUCAGCUUUGGAAGGAACCUGCUAAUUAAGUUCCCAGAGUUUUUCACGUUUGGGCUGUUCACCAAGGCAGGCCCAACUCGAAAACAGAUGGAGGGAGCGUCCUUCAGCUUCGCCUUCUAUGGUGAGGGCUACACCGAGGGCCAGGACCCCAGCCAGGGCAAACCCAAUGCCAAGAUCCGCACCGUGGUGCAGGGACCAGAGCCUGGCUAUGUGGCCACCCCUAUUGCUAUGGUUCAGGCUGCCAUCACCAUCCUCAACGAGCCCCAGUCCCUCCCAAAGAAGGGUGGUGUGUACUCUCCUGGGGCUGCCUUUGCCAAGACCACCCUCGUGGAGCGCUUGGACAAGCACGGCAUCAAGUUCUCUGUCGUCUGAGCCUUCUCAUUCGCUGGCUCGGUUCUAAUCCUUCUCCCAAUUGAGCCGCUCAUUCGCUGGCUCGGAUCUAGUCCCUUCCCCUCCCCACACCUGAGCCCUGCAGCUCACCUGAAAGAUGCCCCGCCCCUUAACUGUCCAUGACACGCCCACUCCUUUCCGGCAGCUUCAUAGUGGCUUCAUCUGAAACGGAGAAUUCGUCAAGGCACUUAAACCAUCAGUCUGUCUCUUGGGUCUUGGCUGCUAGUAGCACAUCAGAUGGGUGUCUCAUUUUCUUUCUUCCUCUCGUGUGUGUUUGUGUGUGUGUGUGUCUGUGUGCAUGUGUGCGUGAGAGUGAGUGAGUGUUCAGCACUUAUUGUCUCUUGAUUCCCCCUUAAUCCCUCCAUGAACUCUUCACAGGUUCAGAAUUUGUGUUUUGAGCUUGAAACAAUGUACAUUUAUGUCCAAAAGAUAUGUCAAGACCUAUCUAACUUAUUUUGCUAGUCCGUGAAGAGGAAAGGAGAAAAGAAACGGUUCAACAAAAGUUCACCUUUGGUGAAAAAAGAAAUGCAAUUAAUGCAUUAAAAAAAGUUUUUGAUAAAACUGAAAACAUUUAUUUACUGUGUAUUGGUGACCAAAACGGCCAUUGUUGGGUUUUUUUUUCUUUUGUUUUUGGAACUUUGCUCAGAUGAAAUAAUAGUUUUGACGAAAUAAUAGUAAUAAAAUAACCGUACAGUAAUGAAUUGUAUGACGUACUACAGUCAGUCAGACAUGGGUUGUGUGUUUGGAAGCAGUUAGCAUGUCAGUGAUGGUGUGACUAGCUAGCUCACUACCUUCUUGUCUUGUCUGUGCUGUACUGGGUUAGUCGGCCACAUGUGCUUCUCUCUUCCUGUUUGCCUGCUGUUGCUGUGGCCUGAGCUUCAGCUCAAAAAAUAAAAUGGUGGAAAAUGCA